AUGGAAGAAAAAACGGAAGUUUUAGAAAUGGCUAAGGCCCUGUAUAAUUUCAAGGCGACAAUAGCAAAAACUUUGUCAUUUCGCGAAAGUGAUUACUUUAUUAUAUAUCAAUCGUCAACAAAGCAAAAAAACUGGUGGCAAGUAAUUAAUUGUAAAGCACAAGUCGGUUACGUACCAUCCAACUACGUCAUUUCCGUUCAAGUCCUUCCUGAUUUCAUGACGAAAUUCGUAGACGACUGUAUAUACUUGUUGAGAAAAGAAAGCGAUAAAGCGAAAGGUUGUUUGCCAAGCGAUCGACAAGAAGUUCUUUUGAAAUUACUAGAAAGGAAAAACGAUGUGGAAAAAUUAAUAAGCAGACGAGAGUCGAACACGUCUUUUACAAAGGAAAUGGAAUUUUCCAGUAUGGUUUCAACGUGCAGUUCGGUUUCGAGAAUUUCACCCCCGUUACUAUUAAAUUCUCAAACGAAAAUAAAACAUUAUCCAAGCACACCUUCUUUUUUGUCAAAUGCCAAAAAUGACGCUGAUGAUGAUGAUGGUGGUGGUGGUGGUGGGAAAAAAACGGAAAUUUUAGAAACGAGAAGUUAUUCUUCGUUGGGACAAACAUCAGGUCCGUUGACGAAAGAAAGAUCGACGAGUAGAGAGACGGUGUCGGACAUUUCUGGACAAAUAGGAACUCCGUUUUUCGAUUCGAAAAAAACAGUACCCACGAGUUGCAGCAGGAGAGAGUCUUCUGUCGAAGAAUCUCGAAGUCUUCCUUCAUCGAGAAAAAAUUCGCAAUUUGAAAAUGAAAUCAUAACGAAAGAAAUAGUGUAUCAAAUUGUCGAACAGGUGAGGUGUCACACGGAGUUAAGUCACGAUUUAUCAAAAGUUGCCGUCAACGUUGUGAUAUCGGAAUUGCAAAAAUUAAUGCCGAAUUCGCCCAUUUUCGACAAAAUUUUACAAUUAGUUCAAAAUCCGAUCGUAGCUCCCAUGCCCAUAAUCGAAGAUACUCACGAUGCCAAACGUUUGAAAAUUAUUUUCAGCGAAUUAACAUCUUGUAAGGAUGAUGCUCAACAGAGAAGUUGGAUGCUGCACGAAGAUGAAGCUGUAAUCGUUGAAUACGUAAAAGAAUUAACAUCCAUACUCAUGAAUGCCGAUUCCAAUAUCAGUCGACACGUAAUUUCAAACGAUCAGUAUUCUGGAGUUCUUGCUCUCGUACAAUAUUAUCAAAUGGAAACAAGAUGGAGCAUAAGGCAGCCUCUUUUACAAGCACUUGGAGUUUUAUGCAGUUUGGAUCGCGCAAUAAUUAGUAUUUUUCUGUCGUCCGUUUUGCCGAUGGAGUUGGCGAGAGACAUGAAAACAAAUCCGAGAAACAUUCCAAGAUUAAAUUAUUCUUCUCUUUUAUUAACAAUGAUUUUUUCCAUGGGCGAACCCAUGCCGAUAAAUCAUUUGGAGCACCUGGGAUCAGAUUUCAUAGAUUUUUUAUUAAAUCAUAUUGAAAAUCCUCCGGAUACGGACGUCGAGGAUCAAGUACCCGAUUUGUUUAUAGCUUUAAUAUUAUCGUAUAAUUUACAAUUUAAAAAUUCACAAGACAAUGUCGUCGUUAAAUCCCUCUCUCAAAGACCCGUCGCAAAAGUUUUCACGGAAAAAAUAUUAUUAUUAUUAAAUAGAGAAGAUGAUCCCGUUCGAAUAUUCGAACACGAACCAGCUCCGAGAAAUUCGAUAUUGAAAAUUUUCAUUGAUAUAUUUAGUCAUCGGAACACGGCUAAUUUAUUUUACACGAACGAUGUUAAAGUUUUAAUUGAUAUUAUUGUUAGACAAUUGGCAGAUUUAUCUCCGGAUGAUCAGAGGAGAAACCAAUACCUUCAACUUUGUAAAUUAGUCAUGAGAAAUUCAGAAUAUUCUGAACAUCAUCAUAGAAAAGAUGAUCUUUCGAAAUGUUUCACUCGAAUUUUUUGCGAAGAAACUGAGAUAAGUCUCAAAGAUCAACAACUCGUGAGAGAAAUAAGUAAUGAAUUUCCACAAUAUUUUAAAUGA